AUGCCUCAACCAGGGAGAGUCUACAACUGGUACAUAUGUAUGGUUGCAUCCAUGUGCAUGGUGCUUUACGGAUACGAUGCUUCAGUCUUCAACGCAGCACAGAACUCCCAGCACUGGUUGGAUUGGUUCAACCUCGACGCUAAGAGAGAUUCUUACUUGAUCGGCCUCGUGAAUACUGCGUACACCAUUGGUGCUAUUGUAGCGGGUUGGUUUAUGGGUGGUCCCAUUGCUGAUUACUUCGGUCGUCGUGUCGGUAUGGGUGUAGGUUGCUUCGUAACCAUCAUCGCAACCUUCCUGCAAACAUUCGCUCCCUACCACAACCUCGGCUGCUUUAUUGGUGGCCGUGUUCUUAUCGGUAUUGGUCAAGGUAUUGCUCUGACCGCCGGUCCCGUCUACAUCAACGAAUUGGCCCCUGCCGAGAUUCGUGGUACUAUUAUGACCUUCUGGCAACUCAACUACUCAGUUGGUUCCUUCAUCGCUUACUGGAUUGCAUUCGCCACUGGCAAGCACAAGGCUACUCUUGGUGACUGGGACUGGAAGAUGGUCGUCAUUUUCCAAAUGUUGGUUCCAAUCAUCAUUCUCAUCCUUUUGCCACUCCAGCCCGACUCUCCCCGUUGGUACAUCAAGCGCCACAACAACGUUGAUGCUGCCCGAAGUGUGCUUUUGAGAAUUCGUGCUACUGAGCAGGAGGCCGAAGAUGAACUACUUGCUAUCCAGGAGGCCAUUGAGUAUGAGAAAGAAGCUGUCAGCAGCAACUAUAGCGCUCUGUUCAAAGACCCCUCCGUCCGCAAGCGUCUCUUUCUUGCUUUCGUUAUCAAUGCGGGUCAGCAACUUACCGGUCAGGGCACUCUCAACUCAUACUCGAGCUCGUUGUACAAGAUCAUCUACCCUAACACCGAUACCAUCAACCUUAUCAAUGCUCUCAACGCCACUUGCGGUAUUCUCUUCACCCUGAACGCCGCCUGGACUGCCGACAGAUACGGACGUCGUUUCCUGCUUAUUGCCGGUGGCAUUGGAAUGGCAAUCUGCAUGUUGAUUAUCCCUCUUGUUGGCCUUCUCACGCCUGACGAGGCUGGUGGUAGCAAGUCAAAUUCGGUUGCCAUCGCCAUGACCUUCCUGUUCUUCGUCUUCACCUUCUGCUACAAGCCAACCUGGGGUGCCACUGUCUGGAUUUGGACCGCUGAGAUUUUCUCCGUGAACGUUCGUGCCCAGGCUGUUGGUAUGUGUUCGCAGAUGCAGAACGUCGCCAAUACUAUCUUUUCCCAAUUCUUCCCCAUCUUCCUCAAGAACACGGGUCUCAAGUGUCUGUUCUUCUUCAUGGCUAUGAACAUCGUUCUUAUCAUCUUCGUUUAUUUCCUGAUCCCCGAAACCAAAGGAAUAUUGCUUGAAGAGAUUGAUGUUCUUUUUGGUGGUCAGAACCAUGUAGAGAAAGGAGGAAACAUUAUGGGUGUUACCGAUGCCCACCACGCCAACAUUGCUGUCCACCACGACAAAAAUGGAGCCGAGAUCCACCAGGCUGAACGCCCUCAGGUUUAA